AUUAGAAAGAUGUUGUCCGAGACGACCACAUAUGAUGACGUCAGGCGUGACUCCAAUCAACACAUUAUAUCUUCGUCUUCGUCCUCAUCAGCGCUCGGAUCGGAAGAGAAUGUUUUGAGUGAAGAGACGAGAGUUAAGUUGAAUGAAGAGAAGAAAAGGAGAUCUCAGUUAUUGCAAUUGAACCACGAAUUGGCCAAAGAGGUGAUGGAAAGGAGUCGUAUUGUGGCAGCCAGUAAUGAAAGCACGAGUUCUUAAAGACUUUUUGGCUUAAUUUUGAUUUUAAAUAACAUUUUGUUUUGUUAUGAUUUUAGGUUUG